GGCGCGGCGGGCGCGCGCAGGCGCGGGGCGGGGCGGGCGCGCGGCGCUGAUGCAAGAGCGGAGCUCGGACUGAGCCCGCGGCACCGACCGGCCCCGGCCCCUCCGCUCCCCCGCUCCCCCGGCCCGGCCCGGCCCGGCCCGCCGCAGACAUGUCCGGCGACGAGAUGAUUUUCGAUCCUACUAUGAGCAAGAAGAAGAAGAAAAAGAAGAAGCCCUUCAUGCUGGAUGAGGAAGGAGGAGGAGGAGACCUACAAACAGAGGAGACUCAGCAAUCAGAAACAAAGGAAGUUGAACCAGAGCCAACAGAAGACAAAGAUGUUGAAGCAGAUGAAGAAGACAGCAGGAAGAAAGAUACAACAGAUGACUUGGAUGAUUUAAACUUCUUCAAUCAAAAGAAAAAGAAGAAAAAACCAAAAAAGAUAUUUGAUAUUGAUGAAGCAGAAGAAGGUGUAAAGGAAUUGAAAAUUGAAGGAGAUGUGCCAGAGACAGUAGAACCUGAAGAUGACCUUGAUAUCAUGUUGGGCAAUAAAAAGAAGAAAAAGAAGAAUGUGAAGUUUCCAGAUGAAGAUGAGAUAAUGGAGAAGGAUGAAGCAUUUGAGGAUGAAGAUAGCAAAAAAGAUGAUGGAAUUUCUUUUAGCCUUCAGUCAGGACCUGCGUGGGCAGGCUCAGAAAGAGACUACACAUAUGAUGAGUUGCUCAAUAGAGUUUUUAACAUCAUGCGGGAGAAGAACCCGGACAUGGUGGCUGGAGAGAAGCGGAAAUUUGUCAUGAAGCCCCCGCAGGUUGUGAGAGUAGGGACCAAGAAAACAUCUUUUGUCAACUUCACAGAUAUCUGCAAAUUAUUACAUCGUCAGCCAAAACAUCUCCUGGCAUUUUUGUUGGCAGAAUUGGGUACAAGUGGUUCAAUAGAUGGUAACAACCAACUGGUAAUCAAAGGAAGAUUCCAGCAAAAACAGAUAGAAAAUGUCUUGAGAAGAUAUAUCAAGGAGUACGUCACCUGCCACACGUGCCGCUCCCCCGACACCAUCCUGCAGAAGGACACGCGGCUCUACUUCCUGCAGUGCGAGACCUGCCACUCCCGCUGCUCCGUGGCCAGCAUCAAAACCGGCUUCCAGGCUGUCACAGGCAAGAGAGCACAGCUCCGUGCCAAAGCUAACUAGGUUUGCUAACAACACUGCAGUUGGCAGAGUGUUCUGGGGAGAUGGGACUGGACAGGUUUGCAAUCGGAGUGGAUUUACCAUUGUAUUAAAGCGAGGUUGUAAAAACAACAAGAAAUUUGGCUUUUGAUUGAUUGGUCUGUGAAAUCCUUGCAAGAUGCAGAUCCUCAAGCUGUUCACAUACAUUUGCUCAUUGAAUAUAUUUUACCAACUGUAAGGAGCGUGGUGGGAAAGGAGGUGCUUUUUAAUCCGUUCAAACUUCUGUAAAAGACAAGAUAAAUUAAAGAUACUAUAACAGUGAGUGUCUUGGAUUUGGAUUUUUCCUUCAGCUUCCUCUUCAAACACUGGUGGGAAUGGUUGGUGUGUUGUUCUGCAGAUCAUGUCACUGAGCUAUGUCCAAGACCCAGAAGGAAAUUCUAAGAUAAAGGUUAUUUUGCUUUUACAUAACAGGCUUAUUUUAGUUUUACUGUCAUGAAACAGAGAAACGAGUCACAGAGUCCCAGGCUGACAGGCCAACACGAGCCCUGCUCCUGCUUGUACAGCCACGGAUGCCUUGUGCACAGGUUUAAUUAGGCAAAAAUAGCUCUGAGACAGUUCAGACACCAGAUAGGUGCUGAAUUUUAACACAGACUCAGUAAACCGUACUGUAAGUUUUCAUAGUGUCAUAGUACUAAAUUUUGCAAUUUCUAAUAGAGAGACAUUUAUAUUUCUGAAGUCCUGCACUCUUCAUCACUUUAAAAAGAAUCUAAAUGCAGCAAAAAACAAAAAAGUAAUAGGUCUAAAUGUCAUUGUAUGGUGGCUGCAGCACAGUCUUCUAUAAAUCCUGAAUUUGCAGGAGAUACUGCCAAGUAAUUUGGGUUCCAAAUUAACACUUUUUGCUUCAGGAUCUUCCCAUGCCCUUCCUCUGCUGGCAGUGUCAGUGACCUCGAGGGGACACCUGGUGCUGUCCUCGCUGGGUUUUGUGUAGGAAUUCUUCCAGCUGGGGAUGCAGAUGGGAGUGAAGGUCCCCCCGGGUUGCAGAAGUGGGGACAGUUGUCACUUGGUUACCAAAAUGUCCCAGAUGGAGGAAAAGGUGCAGCAGCUCAGGGCCCUGGGCACCCCCCCUGCGGGUCAGGGGAGCAGCCUCCUCCCCAGGGGAGCUGGUCCUUCUGAAGGCAAUACAGCAAACACCACAACUUGAAGGGUUUCUACUAAGUUUUAACCUUUGUAUGUUAGCACGGAGCACAGUAUUGCUGGGGAGUCACUCACUUGCUAUUUGAAAACUUUGACAGUGCUGUAAGGCGGAAAAUCAAGGUUUUAUGGUUGGUUUCUUAAAAGCAUUUUGAAUUUCAAGUGAGCUAUACCAAUGUUGGAUGUAUCUUAAAGUGAAUAAAGCCAGGAUCAGUGCCUCUUG